AUGGCAAUGGCCGGAUGGAGACUACAUGAAUCCAGGUUCCGAGGGGCUUCUGCGGCUCUGUGCUUUUGGCUGCUAGGUUCUGCAUCCUUGAGACUAUUUUCUUUGAGUCCGUCCUUGUCUAGCACACGAGGACCUAGCGGAUGCUUACGAAGGGCAGUCGCAGAUGUCUUGGAGAGUCAUGGGAUGGAAGAGCUCGUCACUCACCAAAACAUGAAGUCCAGACGGCAGCGUCAAGCAGUGCGUACCUGGCGAAAGGAGGGCAGUAACUGGAGCACGGAGCAGCCUUUCACUCUAUCCAAUGGAGAGGAGAUCAUUCCCAACUUGAAGCACGGAACAAAUAUUCUGGUCAAUGGAGCCAAGGAGUUUCCUCCUUGGAAGGAGAUCCGACCAGAACACGCGCACCGUGGUCAUGAGUGGAUGGAAAAAACAGCAAUCAAUGAUAUUUGGCAGCAUCAUUGCGUUGUGCCUUAUGUUGCCGAUGACUGGAGAUAUGUUCUCGACCCUUUGGAGCGUGUUCUGGACAAGGCAGAUCGAGCGUUUGCAGCUGUGAAACACAUCAAAGAUGUCCUUGACCCGUCCAUGAAGUUCAAGAAAGCAUUCAGAUAUGCAGCGCAAGCUCGUUGGACGAUUGAGCGCCGUUUGCGACGCUGUGACAGACUUUCCCGUGCUUUCGUGAAACUGCUGUCUCUCGAUGACGAUGCAACCGAAGCCCAGAGAAGAGCCGCUGCCUUCUUGAUGAUUCUAUUCGAGCAGGACGGCAUCAAUCUGCAGCAUAAUGGGAUCUAUAGAGAUGAUCCCGACGCAUUUCUGGAGCUCCAGAAAGUUCGGGGGGCUGUUUUCAAUAUUUCUCUCAUCUGGGAUCAAAACAUUGAGCGGGACAUGGAGUCCAGAGCGUACUUAAUCAGGGAUCGAGGAGAGCUUGAAGGUGUGCCUUCUUGGGUCCUGGAAGAUGCAGCACAGUCUGCAAAGCAGGCGGGGUAUCCGAAAGCCACGCCUGAAGGAGGCCCGUGGCUCCUGUCCUUGCAUGAUGCGCUUGCAGGGCCGUUACUACGGAAUGCCGAGAAGCGGUCUCUUCGGGAGCUCAUCCAUGAGAACCGCUUGAGGGUCGCCUUCCUGGGGGGAGUUGGCAAAGGUGACAACACCCCCAUGCUCGAGCACCUGCUGCAGGCACGGAAGCGCCUGGCGAAUGUCGUCGGUUACAGGACGCAUGCCGAUCUUGUCUUCACCAGAACCAUGGCGAGUCCAAAGCAGGCGUACGGCUUCUUGGCGAAGCUUCGCAAGGAGGCUUUGCCCAUGGCUCGGAAGGAGCUGAAGGAGUUGCAGGUCUUCGCUCGCUCACAAGGUUCUGAUUAUGAGCUGGAUAUUUUUGAUGUGCAGUACUGGGGGGAAAGGCUGUUGGAGCAACGCUAUGGUCUGAAAGAGGAGUACAUCCGCCAGUUCUUCCCUUUGCCUGUAGUGCUCAGAGGCCUUUUCGCUUUGCUCGAGGACCUUUUCAAUGUCAAGGUGAUCGAAGAGGAAAGUGAACUGGCGUGGGCUGAGCAUGUACGGUUUUUCCGCAUCAGAGAGGCUGAUACCAAUGACCUGGUGGCAUCCUUCUUCCUGGAUGCCCACAGACGGUCGGGCCCACGCAAACCAGCUGUCAGCAUCAUGUGUGAUGUGGAGCCACCUACAGGCGAUAAGCCCAGCCUAUUGACACAUAGAGAAGUGGUCAAGCUUUUCCAUGUGUUUGGGUCAAGCUUGCGCGACCUGUUCUGCAAGCAGCCAGAAGGUGUACUUUCUGGAAGCAGAGGGCUUGAGAUGGACAUCGUUGAGCUUCCUGCAUACUUCCUUGAACGAUGGGCUUAUGACAGACAUGUGUUGUCUGAUAUGAGCUGUCAUUACAAAAACGGUGAUGCCUUGCCUCCCGCUGCAGUUGACGCUUUGGCUGACUCGCGGAAUUUCUUGGCCGGAACGAGAGUUCUUCAGAAGGCAGCCAGGGCCCACAUCGAUUUGGAACUUCAUGCUGACUAUGACCCUUUCGGGGACAUCAAUGUAUUCGAUCUUGCCAAGCUAAUCGAAGCUGAGUACUCGGUGAUCCGCCCACGGGUGCAAGAUCGAGAGCUUUGCAGCUGGCCCUUGAAUUCUGAAACAGCCGGCGCUUUCUACGGUCAGCUCUGGGCAGAAGCCCUGGCAGCAGACGUUUUCGCGGCCUUCGAAGACGAGUCCGCGCCCGUGCCCGCAGACGGUCGUGACGGCCGACAUGGCCGAGUGCGAAGCUUGGGUGAGCGCUUUCGGCGCAGCAUCUUGGAACCCGGGGGUGGACGAGCUCCCGCCAAAGCCUUGCAUGAUUUCUUGGAACGUCCACCAGCCUUCAUGACAUUCUUGAAAAGUACUGGGCUUGACGACGGCCUCGCUCCUGAGCCUGAGGCCCCGCUCGAUUACGAAGAGUAUGACGAGGAUGCGGACUUCGAAGAAGAUGACUCGUAUGCUGAAUUUGAGGAUGCCGAAGACAUGUAUGACGAGGAUGCGGACUUCGAAGAAGAUGACACGUACGCUGAAUUUGAGGAUACCGAAGACAUGUAUUCUUCGGCACCAGAUGACAGUUCGGUAGGUGGAUCUGCCAGCGGCCCUGGGUAA